GCUCCCAUGAUGCACUGCGGUCAGGACUGAGAGCUGAGGUGAAAAUGGAAAGCGGGUUUGUGAAUGAAGAAGAUAAGGAAUAUCAACUGUUUCUGGCUCUGCACACUGCUGCUCUGGAAGCGGCUCAAAUUCCGACUCUUUACUGGAAAAGCCUGCAUUAUAAACUAAAACAUGAGGUGUUUGAUGCCGGAGAGAUGUUUGGUAUCAUGCGUGUGGAACAGGAAGAUGAAGAUGCAGGAAAAACCUCCAGGCCUGACCAUGAAGACUUGUAUAAAGUGAUUGUAACUCGAGAAAAUGGCCUGCAAGCUUCUGAUCCAACCAGUGUGUACCUGGUGGAUCAUGCGUGGACAUAUCGGGUGGAAAAUGCCAGGCAGCAGCUGAUGGAGGUUCCUGGACUGUUAGUCCGAAUGGCCAGUCUGAUGGGAUUUCCUUUCCAUGGCGAGGCUCCUGAUCCUGACAUCGUGGACCUGGUGCUGGACAACAUGUGGAAGUUUAAUCAGACCUAUCAGCUGUCUCAGGGGUCUGCAGAGGAAAAAAUGCCUGUCUGGUACAUAAUGGAUGAGUUUGGCUCCCGUGUUCAGCACUCAUCUCAGCCGUCCUGCUGUAUGGCACCUCUUUUCUACACUCCACAACAGAUUGCGUAUUCUGUGCUCUGGCCUCUACAGGAUCUGGAGAAUGGAGAUGAGGUGACGAGAGAUUACUGUUACGGGGAGCCUGAUUCACUGAUGAGGGUGUGUCGACUGUUCCCAUGGUUCCCAGAUGACCUGGAAGGAUUGAGCGAUGAGACCAUGGAGCCUCUUGACAUUUAUUACGAGACCAUUUUACAGGCGAGCAAGGAGAAGCUCCCAGUAGAAAUCCAAGCCUACAGAGUCCCUGAUGGGAAAGUACUAAAGGUGUACACGGAGAUGAAGCAAGUUUUGGACCAUCUGAAACAUCCACGAUUCCACUUCACCGACCAAAAUGAGGAAGCCGACAUACUCUGGAUGUAUUCACCCAUUAAUGAUUAUAAGACGCUAAGUGAGGAGCAACCUCACGUCCUGCUGAAUCAGUUCCCCUGUGAGACGCUCUUAACCACAAAGGACUGCCUGGCAUCAGUGGCACGGAGAGCCAAGCGAGGAGGACAUGCCCCGCUGUGGCUUCCCACGACCUUUAGCCUUCAGACAGAGCUCCCGCAGUUUAUCAGACAUUACCUACAGAGGCAGAAGAGAGGAGAAGAUAAUCACUGGAUCUGUAAACCCUGGAACCUGGCCAGAGGUUUGGAUACACACAUCACGAGCAACCUCAACUACAUCAUUCGACAGAGGGAGAGCACACCAAAGGUGGUCUGUAAGUACCUGGAGGACCCUGUGUUGUUCGACCGAAAAGAGGUCGGUCUGGUGAAGUUCGACAUCCGUUAUAUGGUGCUGCUUCGCUCGGUCCAGCCUCUGAGACUCUACACUUACAACGUCUUCUGGCUCCGUUUCGCCAACAGGCCGUUCUCUCUGGAUCAUUUUGAUGAUUAUCAAAAGCACUACACAGUGAUGAACUAUGCUGAAAGUGCUCAGCUGAAACAGGUUCACUACGAUGAGUUCAUUCCUAUGUUUGAAAAACAGUAUGCAGGAUAUCCAUGGAAAGGUGUGGAGAGGGAUAUCUUCAAGGCAUUUGCAGAGCUCUUUCAGGCAGCAUCGUCCCGCCCCGCGCCGUACGGGAUCUGCGCAUAUCCAUCCUCUAGAGCGAUCUACGCCAUCGACUUGAUGCUGAAAUGGGAAAAAGCAGAAGGAGGAAAUCGAGUAAUGCAGCCUCAGAUUCUGGAGGUCAAUUUCAAUCCGGACUGCGCCCGGGCCUGCCUGUACCACCCCAGCUUUUAUGACCACGUGUUCCAGACGCUGUUCCUGGAUCAGGCUGAUCAGUGUCCUGUUACCCAGAUCGUGUGAUCUCCCUUUUUUUUUUUUUCCUCCUCUAGCUCUCAGCACAUGCUGGAUUUUGUUGCUCUUAAGGGUAAUAAAGGUGAUGUGAUGCUUCAGAA